UGAUACAGGGUGAAGGUGAAUGGGGGGUGACUUACACCUCGACUCAGAUCUGCGCCUUAAAAGGAUCAACAGUGACAAUUAGCUGCAGCUACAAACACCCAGCCAGAGAAGGUGGCAUUGAUGUCAAAGUUGAGAAAACAUUCUGGUUCACUGAAAGAAGAGGUGAUGAGUAUAUUGAUCUGAAAACAGUCUCAGAGUAUUCAAAUCGUGUGCAGGAUCACUGUGAAAAGAACGACUGCACUCUGACCAUCAGAAACCUGAGAGAGAGCGACUCGGCUGAGUACUAUUUCAGAUUCAUAACAAAUAAAGACAAAUAUUAUGAUCAACCUGGAGUCACUUUGUCUGUCAAAGAUUUAGAUCUCUGGGUCAGCAAAUAUUCGCAUCAGUACCUUCAGUGUCACAGCAGUUGUCCCUCUGAUCAAACUUCCUACAUCUGGUACAAGAAUAGACAGAAAUUAGAAGAAACAUCUGCUUAUUUAGGCUUCACAUUUGGUUCUGCAGACAGUUACUCCUGUGCUCUUAGAGGAUACGAGGACUUCCCCUCUCCUUCAGUGUAUGCUCCAAAGAUCUCUGUUGUGUCAGUGAGUCCCUCUGCUGAGAUCAUGGAGGGCACCUCAGUGACUCUGACCUGCAGCAGUGAUGCGAAACCAGCAGCUACCUACACCUGGUACAAGGAGAAUGGACGUUAUUUACAAAAAAACCCAGAGUAUUUCUUCAGCUCCAUCCAGUCCUCUGACUCUGGACAGUAUUACUGUGAAGCUGAGAACCUGCUGGGGAACAUGAAGUCUAAGCACAUAUAUUUAGAUGUGAAAU